AUGGCUCCGGCCCGAAUCAUCGCGGACUCGGAUGAUUCCGACGACGAUUUCGAAUCACCAAAUAGUCCCUCGAAACCUACUACGACCUCCGCCAUACCGAGUCAAGGCCGCUCCUCCGACCCCGUUAGUGUCGCGACCAACUCUACCGACCCCAAGUUCUUCCAGGCGAUCUAUACCGAGCAACAACAACGUGCACCAGUAGCCAGCGACACAUUGCGAAAACCAGACGAAUCUUCCGCAUCCAACGGUGCAGCGCCCAGCUCUAUAUCAGCUAUGCCACCACAGGACAGGCCGCAAUUGGAGAGGAACGACACCGGUACCUCCUCGCUCACCUCCGCCAGCGAUCUUAUUGCGGGGUUGGACAGCGCCGAGGAAAGGGAGCCAGAGGCGGUGGACCUUACGGAAGUCACAGCGUCGCCCAAGAUGACUGUUGCCCGUGCGACUCCCGACGACAUGUGGGAUGUUCCCAGCAGCCCCGUUGGGAGCGGUCGAGCGCCUCUCGCCAGCCUCGCGAAGAGCAGAACCUCAACCAGCGGGACAAAAAGAAAGCGGGUGAACAACGUGGAGUUCACGUCUCCGGUGGCUAUCGAUAUGCCUUCGCAGGGUUCCACGCAGCCGUUCGACACAACCCCGGCCGCCGCGAGGACGGAGAAUGGGAAAAGGGCCAGACUCCGGAACCCGGACUCGUCAUUACCGGCCGAGGAAGACGACGUUGACAUGGUGGUGGUUCCACACGCAGCCACGGUACCGUCGUUUGGCGAUCUCGUCUCUGGCCAAAAGCCUGUUUCGAUGUACAUCGAGUCUCAAACACUGAGCGCAAGCCAAAAGUUGGAAUAUGAAUACCACUCAGUUGGCCCGUCUCCGGAGGAUCCAGCGCCUACACCUACGCAGCCGUUUUUGACCAUGCAAGCUGCGGCCAGGUCAAGCGGGGCCACGACUAUCGCAUACUCCACGCCGAGCCAGACGAGAGUGAUUGGCUUGCCUCCAGCACCUGCCGAAGGCCAUGUCACACUAGACACGGUUCACGAGCAGACUCAGCAAGGUUUCGGGGCACUAGUCGAUCCAGAGGCAACAAUAGAGAUACAAUCAUCCCCGGAUAUCAUAUCUGCAGCAUCGGUCCGUCGGAAAAGAAGGAACGUGAGGGACGAGCCACCACAAGCGACAGAGUCUCACCGGGAAGACGAAGGCUGGGAUUCCGACGACAUUGGUUUUCAUCGAGAAUCGUACAAGCCUCGUCUCAGUCGACGCAGAGGUAGUGACGCUAGCCGACAGGACGAGGCUGAGAUGCCAGGGAAGAUUGAGAUUCCCGUGGCCGAUAUGGGCCCGGCCGCGCAAUUACCCCUCGUGGAGCCCGCUUCCCUAAAAGAGCCCGCUUCAACGAGUACGACGAAGCCGAAAAAGAGAGGACGGCCGAGAAAGUCAGAUACGGCUACAUCAGAGAGCCCAGCACCAGCCGAGACCGCAACUACGCCACAGAUUAUCGAUACAAGCGAGACCGUGAAGAAUGCUGCCGCAGGAACAGAGGCCGCGACGGCAGCCACACCGACGACCACCACCAAGAAGAAGCGCGGGCGGCCAAAGAAGGCAGACAACAACGCAUCAGAAAGCGUGCAGCAAGCGACUGAGAAGCCACAUGCACCUGAAGUGGAGCAUGCGGGUGACGCCCCAUCAGGCAAGGCGGCAAAGCGCUCCAAGGGCCGCGGCGAGCACGUCGAUGCGCAGCAGCAGGAAGGUUGCACAGCAGAUGCGGGCAGCGGGCCCCGAGAACAGGGCGGCAGCGAUCGGGUGCUGCAGCCAGUGACGCCUAAUGCGGCGCUCAGCAAGUCUGCUAUCACCAUGGCCACCAACGGUACCAAGGGCGAGACCGCCGCCAACACCACCCACACUACCUCCCAGCGGUAUCUCAGCACCCGUGGAGAGGACAGCGGUUUCUCCUUCGAGGAGGUCGUCCUCAAGGGCCUCGCCAGCGACGGCGGCCUGUUCAUCCCUGAGCACAUCCCCCAGGUCGAUGACUGGCAAUCCUGGAAGGACCUGGCCUUCCCCGACCUCGCCCACAAGAUCCUGUCUCUGUACAUCUCUCCCUCCGAGAUCCCCUCCGCCGACCUCAAGGGCAUCAUCGACCGAAGCUAUUCCACCUUUAGAGCCCCCGAGACCACUCCCCUCCGCCACCUCAACGACAACCUCUACCUCCUCGAGCUGUUCCACGGCCCCACCUUUGCCUUCAAGGACGUUGCUCUGCAGUUUCUCGGCAACCUGUUUGAGUACUUCUUGGUGCGCAAGAACGAGGGCAAGACAGGAAAGGACAGACAUCAUCUGACUGUUGUCGGUGCCACGAGUGGUGACACCGGUUCUGCCGCCAUCUACGGUCUGCGAGGCAAGAAGGAUGUCUCCGUCUUCAUCCUCCACCCCAAGGGUCGCGUGAGCCCCAUCCAGGAGGCCCAGAUGACUACCGUCCUGGACGAGAACGUCCACAACCUGGCUGUUACUGGUACAUUUGACGAUUGCCAAGACAUUGUCAAGGCUCUCUUCGCCGAUCCCGACAUCAACUCCACCCACAACCUCGGUGCCGUCAACUCCAUCAACUGGGCGCGUAUACUGGCCCAGAUCGUCUACUACUUCCACUCCUACUUCUCCCUCGUCAAGUCUUCCGAGACCUUCAACCUCGGCGACAAGGUCCGUUUCGUCGUGCCCACGGGCAACUUUGGCGACAUCCUCGCCGGCUACUUUGCCUACCGCAUGGGUCUGCCCGUCGACAAGCUCGUCAUUGCGACCAACGAGAACGAUAUCCUGCACAGAUUUUGGACGACCGGCAAGUACGAGAAGCAGCCCGCACCCCCCGCGGAAGCCGCCGGCGGCCUGGCCCAAGACGGCGUCAAGGCGCACGAGGACGGCGUCAAGGAGACGCUCAGCCCCGCCAUGGACAUUCUCGUCUCAAGUAACUUUGAGCGCCUGCUGUGGUUCCUGGCCUACGAGUUCGCCUCUAGCGCGGGAAUGGACGACGAGUGGAACAAGAGGCAGGCCGGCCAGGAGGUUUCUUCGUGGCUCAAGGACCUCAAGACAAAGGGUGGCUUCGGCCCCGUCUACCAGGACGUGCUCAACUCGGCCCGCCGCGACUUUGAGAGCGAGCGCGUCAGCGACCCCCAGACCGUCGAGACCAUCAAGAGCUACUACAACAAGAUUGGCUACGUCCUCGACCCCCACUCCGCCAUUGGCGUGUCCGCCUCGGAGCGGUCCAUCGGCCGCGCGGGCGCAGAGGUGCCGCACAUUUCGCUCUCCACGGCCCACCCGGCCAAGUUUGCCGGCGCCGUCGACCUGGCUCUCAAGGAGGAGGAGGGCUUCGACUUCAAGGCCAAGGUGCUGCCGUCAGAAUUCGUCGGCUUGGAGGACAAGGAGAAGAGGGUGACGGAGAUUGUCAACGAUUGGCAAAAGGUGCGGGAGGUUGUCAGGGCGCAGGUCGACGAGGAGCUCAAGGCUGCCGAGAGCUGA